AAUUCGUCUCUUCCACAAACCACUAGCACACUAUAAGGCCCGCCGCCCCCGCCAACGACCGCACGACGCAUCAUGGACCCUGUUAAACUCGCGAAGCUACAGGCGCAGGCCGCGGCGAACAGGAUCGGUGGAAAGGGCACGAUGCGCCGCAAGAUCGUGCGCAAGACGAAGUCCUCUACGGCGCAGGACGACAAAAAGCUCCAGGGCGCACUUAAGAAGCUCAAUGUCCAGCCGAUCCCCGGAGUUGAGGAGGUGAACAUGUUCAGGGAGGACGGGAACGUGCUGCACUUUUCUGCACCGAAAGUGCAUGCCGCGGUCAGCGCCAACACCUUCGCCGUGUACGGCGCAGGGCACGUCAAGGAGCUCACCGAGCUCGUGCCAGGCAUCCUAAACCAGCUUGGACCCGACUCGCUCGCGUCGCUCCGCAAGCUCGCUGAGUCUUAUCAGGCGAUCCAGCAGAGCCAACAACGCGCACCGAACGCGGGCGCUGCCGGAGCGGACGACGACGACGAUGUGCCUGAUCUCGUCGAGAACUUUGACCAGGUGGAGGACAAGCCCGCAGAGAAGACGGGCAUUGAGGACCUCAAUUAACCUGGAGUAGGAGUUGGGAUGGAGGAGCGAGAAAGAGGAGGGGAGGGCGAGGAAGAGCGGCUGGGAGCGCGGGUGGAUUAUGAUUCAGAGCAGGAUUGACGCUGUUGGAAGUGGAGGUCGAGGUGGCAGAGGAGGCUGCGGUCUCAUCCCUUUCUAUCCUAUUCUUCUCCAGAUGCGCCGUCAAAAACCUUUAUCUAUCCGCUCUUGCGUCUGUGCCAUGCGUCCCGCGCUCGCUGGUCUGUUGUCCGC